AUGUGUCAAACGGUUGAAGAGAACGGCAACAAAGUAAAGCAGCAGAGUCAGAGCUGCUGCAUGCAAUCCUCGGCUACAAGAUCUACGCAAGGAUCUGCAGAUCACUCUCGGUAUCACGUCGAGACGUUCCCCAUCCCCGCCCCCCAAUCGGAAUAUGACUUUGAUCAUCGGAGAACUAUCACCAUUGAAUCCCAGCAGCGACAAUGGCCUCAGGACAUCUGGGUCCACAGUCCACAUGGACGACAGCUGUACCAGCCUGUGCUGAUGUUUGAGACGGAGGUUACUGCUCAGGAGGGGAAGACGGAGACGAAUGGGCAUGCUUCUAAGAGCGGGUAA